AUGCGUCUCACUGAGCACACCUUUCGAGCUUUGGCUCAGCCAAUGAUUGUUGGCCCUGCAUCUGAAUUUGACCGUGACUUUGUCACUUACUUUGGUUGUUCACCACACAUUGUGGCCAAAGCAUGGAAUUGUAACAACUUCAUUGGAGCGAAACCAAAGCAUUUGCUUUGGGCGUUGGUUUGGAUGAACGUCUAUGGGUCAGAGAGAGUGCAUUGCAAGAUUGUUGGAGUCAAAUGGGAAAAUCGCUUCCGUGGUGACAAAGGCAGGACUUGCCUUGUCACUGUUGACACCACUGAUGUUGCCAUUCCGGAGCCUCCCUUGAAACCUGGACAAGAGCGCCCUCGCAACGACGCUGGCAAGCAGCUUCCAUUCAACCCCAAAUGGUACAGCAAGAAGGUUGGUGGUGCUGCUCUCCGAUAUGAAACUGCUGUCUGUAUUCAAACAGGAGAUAUUGUUUCAAUCAAUGGACCCUUUCCUGCUGGACGCUGGAAUGAUCCAAAGAUCUUUCACCAUGACUUGCUUGGCAAGUUGGGACCGGAGGAAAUGGUAGAGGCGGAUGGAGUCUACAAGGGGAUGCCCUUUGAUGUCCGCACUCCCCAUGAUCACAUCAAUGAAGCCGACAAGAAGGCCAAGAGCCAUGCUCGAGCCCGCCAUGAGAUUAUCCAUCACCGGAUCGAUACUCUCCGGCGAACCCAUCAAAACCUGAAGGCGAUGGACGUGGGCGUUGGCACAUGGCACCGGCGACAAUGCACGCAUCGCGACCGAUGCUCCACCACUACCUCAAAUUGUGAGUUCCUGUCGCGUUGGCCAAGACACUACGUCGGAGCUGUUGCCGUCGGAGCUGUUGCUGGCUAG